AUGACUGAAUACGAUGAUGAUGAUGAUGAUGAUGAUGAUGAUGAUGAUGAUGAUGAUGAUGAUGAUGAUGAUGAAGAUGAUGGUGAUGAGAAGGAGGAGGAGGAGGAGGAGGAGGAGGAGGAGGAGGAGGAGGAGGUCGUCAUUGAAUUCACCGAUUCUGUGAACGCUUCCCACUGCCUUCUCCUCGCUGCUGCAGGCGGGUCUCACUCGUCGACUUUUUCAAAGUUCUCUUUGUCUGCCGCACACCUCGUUGCCCGAGUUGCCUGUGCGCAGAUAAAUUAUUCCCAGCUUUUUUCAAGCAAACAAUGGCUGAGUGAGAAGGAGCUGGAGGCGUGGCGGCAGAGAAGGGGGUGGAGGACAGAGAAGUCAGCGCCUGUGCCGGUAUCGGCAGUAUUUUGAAUGGCCUGAAUGUACCUGCAGAAGUUUUGCAACAUUUGUGUGAACAUUAGUCGCAUCAAAGUAGGACGAAUGAUCGAACUGUCAGAUAAACAAGACACAAAUACAAUCAGAUCAGGUUGUUCCGGCCACUGGUUACUUGAAUCGAUCGACUACCCGGCUUGGCAAGUUUCGAACCAGUCGGGAGGAUUAACGAGAGUUCUCUCCACUGUCGAUCCCAGUAUUGACAUAACCACUGUUAAUACCACCACUACUGCCACUACUACUACUACUACUACUACUACUACUACUACUACUACUACUACUACUACUACUACUACUACUACCACUACUGACACUACUACCACUAUUACUGCCACUACUAUUACUACCAUUGCCACUACUUCUGCUACUGCUACCGCCACUACCAAAUGUAUCCUCAAGCACAGCACUGGCUACCAAUCGCAAUGCGCACGUAUUGGUAAGUCCCCACUAGUUGCCUUUAUUUAAGUCGCACGCCCAAACCCCAGACUCCACGACUGCCCUCGAAGAGUGGUUUAAGAACAUUUUAGCAAUGCCUUCCUUCAAAAGUCUAAUUACUCCCGACCAGUGACUACUUUUAAGCGUUGCUCUCCGCCUGAAGUUCGCUAGUCAGUGGCCGGCAAACCAGUGGCAAAACCACUUGACUGUCAGUCUGUCAACUCUCAGCACCCUCUUGACUACCGCUUGUCUACUCGGUUUUACUACUUGUCAAAUCGAAAAGCCGGCACAUAGCGCGACGUCACGCCCGUGCCGCUCCUCCGAAGGCGCGUCUUUGUACAUCCUUUUGAGUGUCCCAACAAGAAGGCAGCCAAAGAAACAACUGGAUUCAAUGUAAUGUCCUUUGUCAGCUACUCACUACAACCAUUCAGCGGAUGUGGUGUGGGAAGGGGUCCCACAACUGCCGAUUCCCCCGAGGCCGACAGUAAGCGCGCACGGGUGAAACUAGCAAAACCUUUGUGUUUUUUUUUCAAUGUAAGUCCACGUCCGCACGUGCUGGAGCCCGCGGUGAGAAGGGCUGUCGACAGUUGCGGAAAGUGGCCUCGCUUCGCUCUGCCAAGCGCUGUACGCAUGUCCAGUGGUCCUCAGGGGACAAUGCGCCAGCGGGUGGGGGCAAAUUGUCAUCUCAAGGAGAGGUGGCGGGUGGGGAGAGAGGGGACGGCAGGCAGGGGGCUUCAACCCAGACACUGUCCUUAUGAAGCAGGACAGUUGUGACUUCUCAACUCACAGAAAACCCUUUUCAUUGCGGCGGGGUACACAUUCAUUAGCAAGCGUUAGCUGAAGGACUGGAAUAGUGUCGCUGGCUCCACCAUGGCGUCAUCUGCAUCUUCUCUCCCCUCCUAAAGUCUGAUUGGUUGGCGCGACGGUAGACGCCCUCGUCAAGGUCAUGCCGCGGAGUCCAUCUGUGAGCACCUUGAGGGCGUCGAUGCGGUGGACGUAGGACGCUGGCGCAUGGGGCGCAAACGGUGACGCGUGUGGACGUGCCGGUGCCGGCUCCCUCUCUGAUCCAGGAGGAGAGGACUGUCAAAGCGCGUGUCCCGCUGAUCCGCUUCCGACGACAGCUCCGGCAAGAUGUCUGCCCAAGAGGCCCGCCAGGAGGGUGGGGGUGGGCAUGGGGACGAUGUUUCCCAUUGGUUCGUGCAUGCCUCUUCCGCCCAGUCGCUCCCCGAAGACCUUCAUUCCAUUUAGACCCUCAAGAAGUCUUGGGUAACCCUUAGUCACAAAAUAGAAAAACAGGUGACGCGCAGACGCGCACCUUGCCGGCGCGAGCGUUUAUCUGACAUGCCGAAAGUGUCAGUGGCUGAGGACAAGGUCGCAAUAGUAGACGUAGUAGUAUUAGUGACAGUGUUAGUAGUACUAGUCGGUCGUAUUGGUUAUAAGAGAUACGAUCACUAAUUCGACUCUAGGUCUAUUCUGCAAAUGAUGGCCAGGCCAUCAUGACUAUAUUGGUGAUGGUGAACAGUAGCUAUGCCACUCAGUCGUGUGGGGAAAAUUAUGCCACUAGACCGACGAUGAUGAUGAUGAGUGGGCAUGGGGAGAGUGUUUCUCAUUGACGCGUGCAUGCAUGUCCUGAGUCUGUCUAUCAUUUGAGCCAGGAACUCACGAACUGUGUAUGAUAGUUAGAAAUACUAAAAUCAGAUGAGACCGGCAUACGCCAGGGUGAUGUUUUGGACCAGAAUCCACAAAAAGCAAUGUAGACGCUUCCUCCGCACACAGACCCGAAUUAAUGUCUCAGGCAAGAGAUGCCACUGGCCAAGGCCAGACUGUAUGCUGACUGACUUCUGUCAUACAUUGAAGAGGCAGUUAUACCAGCUACCUUUAUGAAUUCAAUGAUCUUGUGUCACAAUUCGUGCGUACAAUUGUACACAUGGGACGUCUGCACGCUUCUUUCAAGGCGAUUGGUCGGGCUGUAGCGUCAACAUGCGUAGAAGCAUCUGCAGUGGGUUGGGGAUGGCCUUGAAGCGGUAGGGUACUGGCCAAAGACGCUGUUCGUAUGUUUAGGCGGCUGGUAACAGUCUACCCGGCCAGACCAGAGGGUGUUUGGUCAGAAGCAUGGACCGAGCAACAAAUGUCUACAGUUCUUUUCUAGCGUUCUUUCUCAGACUUCGCCUUCGGCCCCCCCCCCCCCGUUCUUGCUUUGAAACAGACCAGGUGGAACUCCUAGAACAUGUGUGUUGGGAUGCUGGCUAGGCUCGGGAGAGAGCCCGUAAGGCACAACGGAACGAGUGAGUUCCGUAUGAAAGUUCAGUGAGCGCGACUCUACCAUUGUUAAUUCCCGAUCGAAACCGACAGGAUAACAAGCCCUUGGCUCAGUGGUUAGAGGCGUUGGACUUCUAACCAACAGGUCGCAGGAUUGAGCCCCAGGUGUUUCACACUUCAGGGUUGAGUAUGAAUGGUUGACGACGGCUAGUAAGCCAGAACUGGCUAUUCCAGUCUCCCUUGUCUUUGUCGGUAAUGCCAUUCUGCCUAUAUCAUGCGUCGUUGUGUGGCUGCUGGCUGGGCCCGAGAGAGAGCACGUAAGGCACAACGGGACGAGCGAGUUCGGUAAGAACGAUCGAUGAGCGACAACUGUUUCAGGAAACGUUUUUGCUUUGAAAAGGUCAGACUUCAUUUUGACUAAUAUGAGCAUUCUAAGACGUCUGCAACAGGCAUAUAUGAAUCCACACCAUUUACUCGAGGGCAAAUGAAAGUAGCACACAUUUGGCGAAACUGCGGGGCGUGAUGGCUUUGUCAUCACUCAAAUGCCAUAUAGCAGGCUGGAGACUGAAACUGUUUCCCUUAUGACAUUUUUCCAGGGUGUUCAUUUUGGUCUGCUGACCUUGAUGUCCAUCCGACCUUUACAGCCCAAAAACCAGGGUCUGUUUGGAUUCAGCUGAAUUUUUGAAAAUUGGAUUAAAUACGACUAACAGUGCUAGUAACUUACUGCCGGUGCUGUCGUUAUUGCUACUACUACUACUACUACUACUACUACUACUACUACUACUACUACUACUACUACUGCUCCUAUAACUGCUAACACUACCCCCCCUAACAGCCACCUCUCCCUCCACCUCCACCUCCCCCCCUCCCAUCCUUCUUCCCUUCCCCGUCAUCCUCAUUCUCCUCUCUUUUCCCCUCUUCCUGCUCCUCCAUCUGCCCUCGCCCACCUCCUCCUCACUUGCCGUCUCCCUCUCAUUUAUCUCCCGAUCUUUCUCGUUUUCCAUCCGCAUCCUCCGCGUUCCCCUUCACAGACUUUUUUCCUCUGGCAUAUCGUCUUUCCUCCUGUUAUCCUCCACCCCCCUUGACAACUGCUAUCCAGAUUGCGUGACUGUCGUAUAGGCCAUACUUCGGAAGGGCGCUUUCUCGCAACCUGUUCCAUCCUUCCCUCAAUCAAGCGGACAGUAAUAAAUUCGGUACGUUUUCACGACCUCUGCCUUGCCGCUUGUGGACGCCUCUCCGGUUAGGUGGCGACCAGAUUCCUCUGAGAAUGAUGAAGCCCUUCCGCGGGUGUUGCCCAGUUUCGUUCAAAUUCCAGUAGUGUUCAGGUUUCCACUUAGGAUGUUAGUUGGAACCCUGCGGCCGGACAAAGGCUGUCCAGUUUCUCUCUACCGGAGGAGCGACCGUCAUAGGACUCUCGAUGUGAAGCAGUCCAAUUGUUAAACGUGAGAAAACGUCACUGAAUAGUACGUCUUUCAGAGUACUCUCGUGGAGGUUUAAGCGGCCCACCUGUUGGUUCCGUUACAACCGCAGGUGCUAAACGAAGACUGAUUGGAUUUGGGCAGGCCCCACGCGUCACCUAGAAGUAAUCGCAGUCAUUGAAAACUACAUCAAGACUUUGACGAUUCAUACAAAGGAGCGGUCUACAGUAGGUGGGCUAACUCAUGAAAUGUCAACCGAAAUUCCGAAAUGCGUUUUCGUUUCGAAAAGAUUAAUUAAGUAGGGUUGUAAAACUAGUCAGCCUGCAACAUAAAUCUAUACUAAUUCAGUUACGGCAGGAUGUCGGCUUUCGAACGAACUUCCUACCGGCUGCAUGCAAAAACUACACCCUGUAAAAACGACUACUUACAUAGCAUGAAUUUUUGUCCUUGAUUUUCGAUGCCCCUAAAAGUUUAAUUAUAUUUCAUAGAAAACAUGCAUAAAAAUAUUCACCCUUUCACUUAUUCGGUAGAAAACUACAUCUUCCUAAAAUUUUAUACUAGACGAAAGGGUAUUAUUUCGUUUUCAAAAUCUUUUCUAAUUCCCGAAUAAUUUCGAACCCGCUCUUCCGUUACACUUGGAUUCAGGGUUUCCAAACUACAAGCCGUAUAUUUUCCGCGUACGGAAAACUGCACAUUUCUCUACGGUAAUAAAGGGGAACCAUAUAGAGUUCAUAAAAAUUAACAGUGGAUUUGAUCCAUAUUGUUAACUUUACAAACCGCAUUGGUAAAUGCCGAGACGACGAUUUAUGAACGGCCAAAUGGCCGAUAGAAUUAGAAACCCUUUUAAAACCGAAUUAUGUCCCUCCUUCGAGUAUAAAAUUAGAAGAAUAUGUAGUUUUCUACCGAAUGAGUGAAAGAAUCAACAUCUUAUGCAUGUUUUCCGCGAAAUAUAAUUAAAUUUUAGGCGUAUCGAAAACCAAUGAAAAAUAUUAAUGCUACAUAAGUAGUCAUUUUUUACGGAGUGCAGUUUUUGCAUGCAGCUGGAAGGAAGUUCGUUCGAAAUCUGCCAUCCUGAGGUAACUGAAAUAUUGUUGAAUUAUUCUGCAGGCUGUCUAGUUUUAGAAACCAACUUAAUUAGUCUUUUCGAAACGAAAACGCAUUUCAGAAUUUCGGUUGACAUUUCAUGAGUUAGCCCACCUACUGUAAGCUUCUGUGCAUCAAUAAAAAUCCUCUGAGGCAGUGACCUAACAAACCCGAAUUAGUUGAGCUGUUCAAGAAUGUAAACUAUUAAACUUCCAAGAAGAAAGAGGUAUUUCCACCCUGUCUGAUUGUUUACCAAGAAACAUCCAGGAAUCCAUGUCCUUCUGGCUAUAAGCAGACUUACGCAGCAACCACUGCUAAUACCACCACCACUACUGCCACUACCACUACUAUUACUGCUGCUGCUGCUGCUGCUACUACUACUACUACUACUACUACUACUACUGCCACUUCUACUACUACUACUACUACUACUACUACUACUACUACUACUACUACUGCCACUACUGCUACUACUACCACUACUAUCACUAGUACCACUAUUACUGCCACUACCAUUGCUACUAUUACCACCACUGCCACUACUUCUGCUACUGCUACACCAUUACCAAAUGUAUCCUCAAGCACAGCACUGGCUAGCAAUCGCAAUGCGCACGUAUUGGUAAGUCCCCACUAGCUGCCUUUAUUUAAGUCACACGCCCAAACCCCAGACUCCACGACUACCCUCGAAGAGUGGUUUAAGAACAUUUUAGAAAUGCCUUCCUUCAAAAGUCAAAAUAAUCCCGACCAGUGACUACUUUUAAGCUUCGCUCUCCCCCUGAAUUUCGCUAGUCGUGGGUCUUCAGUGGCCGGCAAACCAAUUGCGAAACCACUUGACUGUCAGUCUGUCAACUCUCAGCCCCCUCUCGAUUACCGCUUGUCUGUUCGGCUUUACGACUCGUCAAAAUCGAAAAGCCGGCACAUAGCGCGACGUCACGCCCGUGCCGGUCCUCCGAAGGUAUGUCUUUGUACAUCCUUUUGAGUGUCCCAACAAGAAGGCAGCCAAAGAAACAACUGGAUUCAAUGUAAUGUCCUUUGUCAGCUACUCACUGCAACCAUUCAGCGGAUGUGGUGUGGGAAGGGGUCCCACAACUGCCGAUUCCCCCUAGACCGACAGAGAGAGCGCACACGGGUGAAACUAGCAAAACCUUUGUGUUUUUUUUUCAAUGUAAGUCCACGUCCGCACGUGCUAGAGCCCGCGGUGAGAAGGGCUGUCGACAGUUGCGGAAAGUGGCUUCGCUUCGCUCUGCCAAGCGCUGUACGCAUGUCCAGUGGUCCUCAGGGGCCAAUGCGCCAGCGGGUGGGGGCAAAUUGUCAUGUCAAGGAGAGGUGGCGGGUGGGGGGAGAGGGGACGGCAGGCAGGGGGCUUCAACCCAGACACUGUCCUUAUGAUGCAGGACAGUUGUGACUUCUCAACUCACAGAAAACCCUUUUCAUUGCGGCGGGGUACACAUUCAUUAGCGAGCGUUAGCUGAAGGACUGGAAUGGUGUCGCUGGCUCCACCAUGGCGUCAUCUGCAUCUUCUCUCCCCUUCUAAAGUCUGAUUGGUUGGCGCGACGGCAGACGCCCUCGUCAAGGUCAUGCCGCGGAGUCCAUCUGUGAGCACCUUGAGGGCGUCGAUGCGGUGGACGUAGGACGCUGGCGCAUGGGGCGCAAACGGUGACGCGUGUGGACGUGCCGGUGCCGGCUCCCUCUCUGAUCCAGGAGGAGAGGACUGUCAAAGCGCGUGUCCCGCUGAUCCGCUUCCGACGACAGCUCCGGCAAGAUGUCUGCGUCCAAUGCAGAGAACGUAGAGAGAUUGGAGAUUAGAUGGAGAAUCGAGGUGGUAAUUGCUACUAAUGAGAGCCUGCCCAAGAGACCCGCCGGGAGGGUGGGGGUGGGCAUGGGGACGAUGUUUCCCAUUGGUUCGUGCAUGCCUCUUCCGCCCAGUCGCUCCCCGAAGACCUUCAUUCCAUUUAGACCCUCAAGAAGUCUUGGGUAACCCUUAGUCACAAAAUCGAAAAACAGGUGACGCGCAGACGCGCACCUUGCCGGCGCGAGCGUUUAUCUGACAUGCCGAAAGUGUCAGUGGCUGAGACAAGGUCGCAAUAGUAGAGGUAGUUGUAUUAGUGACAGUGUUAGUAGUACUAUUCGGUCGUAUUGGUUAUAAGAGAUACGAUCACUAAUUCGACUCUAGGUCUAUUCUGCAAAUGAUGGCCAGGCCAUCAUGACUAUAUUGGUGAUAGUGAACAGUAGCUAUGCCACUCAGUCGUGUGGGGAAAAUUAUGCCACUAGACCGACGACGAUGAUGAUGAUGAUGAUGAUGAUGAUGAUGAUGAUGAUGAUGAUGAUGAUGAUGAUGAUGAUGAUGAUGAUGAUGAUGAUGAUGAUGAUGAUGAUGAGUGGGCAUGGGGAGAAUGUUUCUCAUUGACGCGUGCAUGCAUGUCCUGAGUCUGUCUAUCAUUUGAGCCAGGAACUCACGACCUGUGUAUGAUAGUUAGAAAUAUCUAAAAUCAGAUGAGACCGGCAUACUCCAAGGUGAUGUUUUGGACCAGAAUCCACAAAAAGCAAUGUAGACGCUUCCUCCGCACAGAGACCCGAAUUAAUGUCUCAGGCAAGAGAUGCCACUGGCAAAGGCCAGACUGUAUGCUGACUGACUUCUGUCAUACAUUGAAGAGGCAGUUAUACCAGCUACCUUUAUGAAUUCAAUGAUCUUGUGUCACAAUUCGUGCGUACAAUUGUACAACUGGGACGUCUGCACGCUUCUGUCAGGGCGAUUGAUCGGGCUGUAGAGUCAGCGUGCAUAGAAGCAUCCGCAGUGGGUUGGGGAUGACCUUGAAGCGGUAGGGUACUGGUCAAAUACGCUGUUCGUAUGUUUAGGCGGAUGGUAACAGUCUACCCGGCCAGACUAGAGGGUGUUUGGUCAGAAGCAUGGACCGAGCAACAAAUGUCUACAGUUCUUUUCUAGCGUUCUUUCUCGGACUUCGUCUUCCCCCCCCCCUCCCGUUCUUGCUUUGAAGCAGACCAAGUGGAACUCCAAGAAGAUCUCUGUUGGGCUGCUGGCUGGGCUCGGGAGAGAGCCCGUAAGGCACAACGGAACGAGUGAGUUCCGUUUGAAAGUUCAGUGAGCGCGCCUCUACCAUUGUUAAUUCCCGAUCGAAACCGAUAGGACAACAAGCCCUUGGCUCAGUGGUUAGAGGCGUUGAACUUCGAACCAACAGGUCGCAGGAUCGAGCCCCAGGUGUUUCACACUUCAGGAUUGAGUAUGAAUGGCUGACGACGGCUAGUAAGCCAGAACUGGCCAUUCCAGUCUCCCUUGUCUUUGUCGGUAAUGCCAUUCUGCCUAUAUCAUGCGUCGUUGUGUGGCUGCUGGUUGGGCUCGAGAGAGAGCACGUAAGGCCCAAAGGGACGAGCGAGUUUCGUAAGAAAGAUCGAUGAGCGCCCAUUGUUUCAGGAAACGUUUUUGCUUUGAAAAGGCCAGACUUCAUUUUGACUAAUAUGAGCAUUCUAAGACGUCUGUAACAGGCAUAUAUGAAUCCACACCACUUACUCGAGGACAAAUGAAAGUAGCACACAUAUGGCGAAACUGCGGGGCCUGAUGGCUUUGUCCUCACUUAAAUGCCAUAUAGCAGACUGGAGACUAAAACUGUUUCCCUUAUGGCGUUUUUCCAGGGUGUUCAUUUUGGUCUGCUGACCUUGAUGUCCAUUCGACGUUUACAGCCCAAAAACCAGGGUCUGUUUGGAUUCAGCUGAAUUUUUGAAAAUUUGAUUAAAUACGACUAACAGUGCUAGGAACUUACUGCCGGUGCUGUCGUUAUUGCUACUACUACUACUACUACUACUACUACUACUACUACUACUACUACUACUACUACUACUACUACUACUACUACUACUACUACUACUACUACUACUACUACUACUACUACUACUACUACUACUACUACUACUACUACCACUACUAUUACUACUGCUACUAUAACUGCUAA